AUGACCGUCAUAGAUUCGUCGGCCUCUUUCAAAUCAAUUCUGCCAUCCACGCCCAAGGCCGGAAUCCAGAGCUGCCGCAGCCAGAGCUACAAACGGAUCCGAUGGAGGAGCUACGACCCCAGCAAGAAAUUGCAGAAUUUCACUCCGGAUCCAUUCGUGCAGUGGCACCCUCCCAACUCUUCGCAUGACAAUUCAGAUGAAGAUGUCAAGAAGUUACGCAAACGCCAAACAAUGGAUGUUGACAGGGAGCCCAGAUCGCUGGUGCCUUCACCCAUCCAGUCUCUUCCUUCCAACGGAACCCGGGUCGAUCCAUUUCUCACUCUCCCCAUCAAGGCCACCGAGUGCGUCCAAGACGCAAUGGAUUAUUUUGUCACAAUAUGCAAAGGCUUCAACACGGAAAAAUCUAUUGUUCCGGGCCCCGUCAACCCUCACCUGUCGCUCUUACUCCCAUUCGCGCUGAAACACGCGAUUCUUUUCGAGUCCAUGAUUGCGGUGUGUCGAGCCUCUGUCCUGCUUUCAUUGGGACGGUCUAUUUUUGAGGAUUCCGCCUGCGUCCAGCAUCGGGGAAAUGCCAUCGCCGGACUGAAUGCCACACUGCAGUCAAAAGAGUGCACCGACGAUGCCGCUCUGCUGACCGUCACGAUGCUCAUGACCCUCGAAUAUCUAACCGGAAACCAACACGGCGUACUUAUGCACUGCCAAGGCUUGGAAAAGAUGCUUCAGCUCCGAGGACCACUCUCUGAGGACGAGGAUCGGGAAACUGAAUCGGACUGGAUGAAAUUUGUAAAGCUUGGUUUGACCGCAUAUAAGGCCCUGGGUUCCUUCGUGACGGGGCAACCACCCGAUAUUCCUCCUGACUCGCUCGGAUAUCUCAGUGAGACCUUUCAGGAGCUUACACUUGAUCAGCCGCUUUCCUAUCCUGAAAUGCCAUUUCCACCAGAACUAUGCCUUGUUCUUUCUAGGCUCCCUUCUGGCCUUUCAGAACUGUGCCUCGCCUCUCGGAUCUCCGUCCAAAUGAUCAACGUACUGUCAUCAAUUUCCGGUGCCACCACCAUUUUGACCUCACUCAGUCUUCAGGAUGGCAUGUUCACGCCUCCGUCUCCGGACUCACCUAAUUAUGGGGAGGAUCGUCGACAAUCAAUGAUCCAAACGCUCUUAUCGUCAUUGCGGCGCAUGUCCCUAACGUCCACAGUUCCCAUCGAAUAUCACUUAACCUCUGGUUUACUUUCGUAUCUAUUUCAGCUACGAAGCCUUUCACCACUCAAUCUUUUCUAUGAUCCUAUACUUCGUAAAUUUAUCACCACCUUGCCCUUCCACACAAAGCCUUCAGCUCUUCAGGAGCAACACUGUCUGAUUUGGGCCAGUCUUUCUGUGGCUGGCGCAUUGGCACUACGCGUAGUGCCGAUGCCUGAUUCACACACGGUCAUGGAUCGGGUCUUGGAUCUCUACCCAGUCGCACGGAAAUGGCCUCAGCUCGAGAAGAUCUUGCGCUCUUAUUUCUGGACCGACGAAAUGGGUGCACAUUGGAAGUGUGUAUGGGGAAAAGCCAUGAGCCGGAGACAAUUUAUCCUCCGGCAAAGUCAAGGCAGUGUCGAGAGCCAUGCCAUGCUCGAGCUCGAGCAACCAGAUUCCCAUCCUGACCAGGUGCGUGAGCGGAUACGUGUGCAUAUCAAAGGAGCUCCAAGGUCAAUGAUCGAAAUGGCUCAAGGAAUAGGGGUCUGCCCAUUUCGUCCGCGGCCUCCUGCCGUCACUCCUGGAUGA